UUGACAACUGUGGGAAGCAUUGGCGUCAACAUGGGCCAGCAUCCCUGUGGAAUGCUUUCGACACCUUGUAGAGUCAGUCCAUGCCGUGACGAAUUGAGGCGGUUCUGAGGGUAAAGGGGGGUGGUGCAACUCAAUAUUAGGAAGGAGUUCCUAAUGUUUGGUAUACUCAGUGUACAUGAGCGGUUGAAAUAGGGAUUUAAGAACAGAAAACAGUCAACACAUUUGCAACUGUAGGGAUUAUUGUUGGCAUGAUUUUGAACACAAUGGUGCCAUUCAUAUAGUACUUUCACAGUUUGUACAAAUAAAAUAAGUAAAAAAGAAUACAAUAAUAAAAGGAUACACAUUAUAAGCAUAGAGAAAGACAAUUCUGUAUUCGUUCAACUCAAUAGUGGUUCGAAUUACUGAUCGACACAGUAUAAUAUAGGAAUAGUCUUGUGACAGACUGAACAUGAAUGUAAUCGAGUAGACUUGGUUCUGGGUAACAAGAUUAGAAUGUGAAAGACCCAUUCCUUGUCUGGUGGCCCAGGAAACAUACUUCUCAGUUAUUUACAGUCACAUGAAUAGCUGGCUAUGGGACAAAAUAGCUGCUUAGAGUUAGACCCCUAUACUGUACAUUCUAUACAUGUUACAAAUGACAGUUUAUAGGUGGGUAGUGUAGUUGAAUUUACAUUAUACCCUUUAGAAAAGUGUUACAAUAGUGUGUUUAAUGCCCGAUUCUUCCCCUCCUGUUAGUGGUUUUGGAGAAGCUUUCCUUGAACAUUAUUAUAGCAGUUUAUGAUAUGAAUAUUCAAACAUGUAACUUUCAUAUUGGCAUUACAGUACAAGGAAUACACAUGCAACCAAUACAUGCAUAUACUGUAAAACACUAGACUGUUAGUAAUAGCGUAAGGAAUUAAAAAAUGAAAUGCUCAAACUGAAUGACUUCAGUAAGUUGCUCUUUCCAUUCUACUUCAACUCUCUCCCAACUUUCUCACCACUGUUGCAGUAAUUUCCCCAAAAGAUCAGUGAGAUCUUCUGAUUUGAUGUCUUGAGCAGGCUGUCCGGUUAGUGAUAGGGUUUAAGGUUAAAACUCUCAAUCAUUCUAAGACUUCUUCAGGUUUAAAGGGACUUGACAUGUUUACUCUGGUCACCCUGAUUUUGUGUCAGGGCUGGGGCAGAUCUGCUUGGCAACCCCUCCACCGUCCCUUCUACGCCACCAAUGCAGGUGUCUGUAGACAGAGUCAAAGACGGACGCAGUGUACCUUGCAAACAGUGUGGUCCACUUUAGCAUCUGCACGAACCAGUUCACAGAGCGACUCACAAAGGUCACAAACACUGUGGUGUAGUGUGCAAGUAGGAGAAGGCUUCGUCCAAGUUGUCUUCCAUUGUUGAUGAUCAGAUUGACCCGUGGGUCAUGACCCGGCCCCAUCCUAAUAAAUUCAGCAGUGUGGUUCCAAACGAAAAUGGAUCAGAAGGGUAAUCGUGGUAUAAAAAGACAAAAACAUUAUCUUGUAAAAAAAAUUGUGUUUUGGCGCACGUUGCACAUGUUUCGUUUUUUUAAAUGUCCAUGUCCCUAAAACGGUCUCUACAAAAAUGGUAAAUGGUCGGAAUUUACAGACUCCCCCUUACUGUUGCGCAAUCCUCCACUGGCCAAUCGAUGUUCUGCAAGUUUUGUUUCCGGGAUGUUUGGUGAUGUGGCUAUGCACAGAAAUACAGCAGAGGAGAUUUAUCAAAUACAAAGCAUAAACAGAAAUCUGAGAAGCUCUCAUACAGUUUCGGCUACAUGUUCAGCCGGCUGUCCCAGGGCUUUACCAACGUCCUGCAGGAGCUGUCUGGGGACGAGCCCCCCGAUGGAGCCCCUCAGGAUAUGUUGGUUCCCCAACUCCCCCCUGGAGAUGCCCCCGGGGCCCCUGAGGAGUCUGGGCCUGGGGUGGAGGAGGAGCCCCUGGAGAGGCUGGCCCAUCUGGAGCAGCUGACAGUGCAUCUCAAGGAGGUGGUCAGAGAUAAGGACAGCCAGCUGGCCACCUUCGAAACGCAGCUCAAGAGCGAAAGGGAGACAGCGGAGGCACGCUUCACUAAACUAAAGCUGCAGGCCAAAACCAAGAUGGCUGCUCUGAACAAACAAAUUGCUGACCUCAAGGGGCAGGAGGGAGCAGCAAGCUCUCCAGACAGCUCCUUCACCGGCUCAGCUCCUGCUGUGGAGGAGGAACUCCAGGAGCUGAGGAAGCAGCUCAGUGAGGUCUCGACCUCGGCGAAGAACCUCGAGGAGCGUCUCCAGAUGUCCGAACAGGCCCUGUGUGAAAAGGAAGCCGUACACACGGAGCAGGUUCGUGUGCUUCAGGCAGUUGUCUGUGAAAAGGACGUGCGUUUCCAGGAGCAGAUCCAGAAGCAUGAGGACGAGCUGCUGAGGGUCACAGUGCAGAGGCAGAACGACGCCGAGCUGCAGCAAGUACAGCAGGCUCUACGUGCAGCCCAGCGGCGUUGUGAGGAGCAUGAGGAAGCCAUGCGGUCACGCUGCCAGGUGCUGGAGAUGCUGCAGGGGGAGCUGAACAAUGCCGACCAGCAGAAACAGAUCCUCACGGCUCAGUUCCGCCAGAUGGAGGACGAGCUGGCUGAGGCUGGCAGGCAGAGGGAGCAGGAGCUGGCUGAGGCUGGCAGGCAGAGGGAGCAGGAGCUGGCUGAGGCUGGCAGGCAGAGGGAGCAGGAGCUGGCUGAGGCUGGCAGGCAUAGGGAGCAGGAGCUGGCUGAGGCUAGCAGGCAGAGGGAGGAGGAGAGGCAGCAGUGGGCUGGGUGGUCUAGCCAGGCCGAGGCAGAGCUGGUGGCCCUCCGAGCCAACCUGGAGGCCUCCGAGCAGGACAGAGCAGCCCAGCUAGCCAACCUGGAGGCCUUAGAGCAUGACAGAGCAGCCCAGCUAGCCAACCUGGAGGCCUCAGAGCACGACAGAGCUGCUCAGCUAGCCAGUUUGGAGGCUUCAGAGAGAGACAGAGCAGCCCAGAUGGAGGAGCUGACAGUGAAACUGGAGUGGGCCACUAGAGAGCGGGAGGAAGUGACCAACAGAGAAGUAGCCAGGUUGGAGAAGGAGCUUGCUGCCUUAAGAGAGGAGCAUGGAGAGGGRCAAAGGGCAGGAGAGGCCCUGGCUGAGUUGUUGACAGGCCUGCGCUCUCUGGCUGGWGAGGGGGCCGAGGAGGACAGCCCURUUYCCACYGAYCCGGCCCUGUGCCUGGAUACACUGCAGGCCCUGGAGGCCCGKCUGGAGAGGCUGAGGGUGGAGCAGAGGGAGAGCGAGGAACGCUGYGCCCAGGUCACCCACACYAUGGAGACAUUGCAAGAACAACUGGAUAAGCGCACUGCAGAAGGCGAAGAGGCUGUUGCUAGGAUACAACAGCUGGAGCAGCAAAUUGGAAUGGCUGCUAGGGAGUCAUUGGUCCAGUGUGUGACUGACCCGUCUGUGGAAGAAGUGACUGAUGCUGAAAAAGCCCAAAUAUUGGCUCUGGAGCAGCAGCUAUUGGAGAAAGACCAUGGGUUGGCUGCCCUGCGAGAGAGUCUUGUGCUGGCUGAAGAGCAGGGCUCAAAUGAUGCGUUCAAGGUAAGCGCUGAUCAGAUUCUAGACCAGAGUGAGGACACUGCCAUGGCCCCCUGCGACAGUCCUACAGUGCUGCCAGACCUCCUAGAAGACACGCAAGAGGAGGACACCACCCUGGUGGCAGAGGAUAGGUCAAUCCUGUCAGUCUCCGCUGAUAACGAGAGCAGUCCAGAGCUCAUUGAACCCCAGUCUGACUCUCCCGGAGAAUCUAAGGGGGCCUCCUCUGAUGAGAUGGUCACUAGCAGUGACUCCGAGGUGGCCCACAGCAGCUGGACCCUCCUAGAGGCUGUGAACCAAGAUGAAGGUCAGCAGUCGCCUCCCAUACUGCAGGGCUUUGGCCAGCUCCAGGUGCAAUCCUGGGAAGAGAACAGCUCUGAGCMGGAAACAUCCACAGUCCAGGUGGAGUCCUCAUCAGUCAUCAUCCGUGAGACUGUGCAGGUGCACCUCAGCCAGCAGGGGGCGACCCUCUUUGACUCUGACUCUGCCCCUGGACAGGUGUUUGCCCAGGCCCUAGCAGAUGAGCUGCAGAACAGGUACAGUGAGCUCAUGGUUGAGCUCCAGAGACUGAGAGAGGCUGCCUCAGAGUCACAGGAGAGAACCCAAGGCCUUGAGGAAGAGAUUCGGUCCCUGGCAGCUGCCAAGGAUGAGGCAGAGUCCAAGGCCCAGAGAUAUGAGGAAGAGCUCCAGUCAGCCAGSUCASAGAUGGACACGGUGGCCCAGCACAGUGGCUCUGACUUGGAGAGGCAGARCAUGGAGAUGCAUCUCCUGGAGGAGCAGCUGGCCAGCCUGCAGACAGAAGGCYGCUCCAAGGAGCAGCAGAUMCAGGCCCUGCAGGCAGACCUGGAYGAGGCUCAGCGCUCUCUCUCUSAGCAGGAGGGCCAGGCCAGGAUGCUGAGCGCCCAGCUGGAAGAAGGGGAGAUCACCUCYUCUGAGCUGGAGCAGAAGCUCCAAGACAUGGAGGCCAGCCUACUGGAGUUCUCCCAGGCUAGGGACAUGGCCAAAGCUGUACUGUCUGAGAGGGACACAGAGAUUAACGAGCUGCAACUGCGYAUCACCCAGAAAGAGCAGGAGAUGAUGGAGCUGAGCAAUGGCAUGUCUGCCAAACUACUCCAGACCGRUGAGGAGAAGUUCCUGAUGAGCACUGAAGUCAAGAAACUGAAGGAGCAGAUAAUUGAGCUUGAGAAAGCUGGAGAAAAGGAGAAAGCGACAGGGGAGAGUCAUGUAGAGGAUGGYGAUGAGCUCACUAGUUUGCGAAAGGACAAAGAGGAUCUGACAACCCAAGUGGCCACCAUUAAAAAGAGGUUGCAGGCAGCCCUGGUGCAGCGCAAAGAGCUGAUGAAAAAAGUUACAGAGUUUGAGAAAGAGGCAGAUCAAAGGAAAGGACAGGUAGGGAAAGCAACGGAGGAAGCCYCUGCAAGUGUACCAGCUUUAGAAAAAGACAGAAAACAAGAGGUUAUGGCAAUUGAGACUACUCUCGAAGAGUUCAGACAAGCCUUGAGGUCCAAAGAAGAGGCCAUGGAGGUUUUGGAACAGAAAAUCAGCCAGCAGGAUCAGGUUCUGGAAGAGACACUUGAAAUGAACAGAAGGCUGAGUGAGGGAGCUCAGCAGACUCCAGAGGCUGACACCUCAGCUGAAAUCCCUGGGUUKCAGUCCCAGGUGGCCUCACUGGAGUCAGAUUGCGAAACACUGCAAAAGAAACUCCAGGAGGCCCAGGACUCUCGCAAAGACACCAUCCGCAAGGCCAAAGAAAAGGACAGGCACCACCGCGAACAGCUAAAACAGCAAAAGGAAGAGUACAACGGGCUGUUGAUCAUGGAGCUUAGCCAGCAGCUGGGUGAGCAAAGCUCUCUCCUCCAGUCCAUGCAAGAGACAGUGUAUGAGAAGGACCAGUCGAUCGCCUCCCUGCAUGAAGGCCUGAGAGCAGAGAAGGAAAAGAGCCAGAGACUGGAGGCYGAGGUCCCCCAGAGGCAGGAGGAAGAGAAGCGCAGCGAGGCCAAGAUCCUGCAGCUUCAGCAGAAGCUCAAGGCCGCCCUUAUCUCCCGCAAAGAUGCCCUCAAAGAGAACAAAAGCCAGARAGARGAGUUGGCCUCCACWGAGAAAGUCAUCACUGAACUGCAGCAGAAGAUGGRGGCUAGAGAASUCGAGCUGGAGAAGCUGAGAGCAGAAAGAGCGAGGCUGAUAGAGGAGGUUGAUCGGACCUUGGUGGAGAACCAGAGCCUUGGAGGGUCCUGCGAGAGCCUCAAGCUGGCCAUGGAGGGUAUGCUGACAGAGAAAGACUUCUGUAAAAGAGAGGCCGAGUCUGCCAAGGAGGAGGCUGCCCGGGCAUGCAGAGAAUGUGAGGAGAAGGUGCAUGGGAUGAAGGAUGAGUAUGAGACUCUGCUAAAGUCCUAUGAGAACGUGAGUGAUGAGGCAGAGCGUGUGAGACGUGUGCUGGAAGCUGCUAGACAGGAGAGGAAGGAGCUUGUUGCUAGAGCCAGGACCCACGAGGCAGCCAGGCAGGAGGCUGAACGGCAGAAAGAAGAGGCCCAGAAAGAGGUGGACACUGUCAAAGACAAGAUGAGGAAGUUUGCCAAGACCAAGCAGCAGAAAAUCAUGGAUUUAGAGGAGGAGAAUGAGAGUCUCAGAGAGAUGGAUGAAAAGAAAGGAAAAAGAAGGGAGGACAAGGCACUCAAAGGAGAACUUGAAAGACUCAAAGAAGAGUUUGAGGCUCUGAAAGCUGAUUUGAAUGCCACUACGGCACAGAGGGACUCCUUAGAACAGCAAGUUGUUGAGGUGAGGGAACAACUAGCCCAAGAGCUAGAGAAAGGGGACAGAUUAGCUCCAGAUAAAACCCCCAGCUCUGAUGAUGUAGUGGAGGAAACUAUUGUUGCCCAGCAGUCUAGUACAGUCAUGACUGAAACUACCCAAGAGCCAGUUAAGAGUCAGCCUCAGGACAUAGAGCCACAUAGUCAGGCUAUAGAGUCUGAGGUAGCUGCACCUGAAACGCCCUCUGUUGAGAAGAUGGUGAAGACCGAAAUAACUGAAAGUACACAGGCCCUAAUUGAUGAGAAAUUGAGCAAAAUGGAGGCAGCCCUACAGUCAGAGAGGGAACUGAGGCAAGAGCGCGAGGCUGACCUCACUGCUGAGCUGGCCUCUCUGGAGCAGCGCCUUCAGGAGAGUAAAGAGAAGGAACAGACCCAGAGGGAGGAGCCGGUGAAGACAGACAUGUCUGAAAGUGAACUGGCCGUAAUUGAGGGAAAGCGGAGGGAAAUGGAGGCAGCCCUACAUUCAGAGAGGGAACAGUGGCAAGAGAGUGAGGCUGAACUCAAGGCUGGACUAGCUUCUCUAGAGCAGCUCCUUCAGGAGAGUAAAGAUAAGGAACAGAGCCUGAUGGAGGAGAGCUCUAAAAGGGAAGCCCAACUCCAGGAGCUCCACAGCAGCCUGGAGGUAGAGAAGGACGACCUAGAGGAGCGUCUGAUGAACCAGCUGGCCCAGCUGAAUGGCAGUAUCGCCGGCUACCAGCAAGACGCGGCAGACAGCCGGGAGCGACUUGCGGAGCUGCAGCGGGAGGUGGAGAGACUGGAGAGGGAGCGGGCUGAACUGGAAGCCCUGGCCGAGAGCGAGAGGGACCGGGCAGCCAGGCUGGAGGAGGACAAGAGGCAGGCCCAGAGAGAGAGGGCCGAGGCAGAGGCAGAGUCAGGGAAGCAGAGGGAGCUGGAGCAGCAGCUGAAGUCCGCCCAGAGGGUGAAAGAGGGCAGCCAGAGCCGGGCAAAGCAGCUGGAGGAGCUGCUGAGAGAGAAGCAGCUGGAGGUGCGCCAGAUGCAGAAGGACUGCAUCCAGUACCAGGAAAGGAUCAGCGAGAUGGCCAGGGAGGGCAAGGCUUUGCAACUGGGCAGCAACGAGGUCCACAAAGAGCUUGGGCAAGCCUAUCUGGAGAGGACCAUAGUCACAGACGCUUUGAAGAAGACUGAGGCUGAGYUAUCUAGCUGCAAAGCCCAGCUGGUUGAGGCCCAGACAGAGGCCAGCCAGGCCCAAGCUGAGAGGAGAGCCUGUGAGCAGACCGCUCUACAGAGAGAGGCUGAGUUGAAAGCAGAGGCAGAGCAGAGCCUGGACUCUGUGAGGUUCAGGCUGGGAGCCGAGCUGAAGCAGAUUGAGCUGAGGUUGGAGGAGUCUUACCGGGAGAGGGAGAGAGAGGAGRAUGCCACCCGGGAGGCAAAAGAGCUGGCUGAUACCGCUGAGAGACAGGCCCAGCAGAUGCAGGCCCGCCUCGAUGAGUCUCUGGCCCGACUGGCUGCCUUCUCGCGCUGUAUGUCCUCCCUGCAGGAUGACAGGGACCGCGUGCUGGAUGAGACCCGGCAGUGGGAGAGUCGCUUCAACAGCACCCUCCAGGGGAAGGAGGCCGAGGUGCGUGAGGCAGAGACCCGGUCCAGAGAUCUGGCUGAACAGCUGCAGAAAGAGACCGCACAGAGAGAAGAGCUACAGCUUACAGUGGACAGACUGCAGAAAGCAGACGAGCAGUGGCAGCUGAAAUGGGAGCAGGAAGAGAAGAGGCUCCGUGAGAACCAGGCUGCCCUAGAGCAGGAGAGGGGRGARCUUCAGAAGUCCCUAGCCCAGACCGAGACCUCCCUGGCUGACGCUCGCGCCCAGCUGGCCUCCCUGGAGAGCGAGGCGGAGGGGCUCCGCCACAGAGCCCAGGCCCUGGAAGAGGCAGUUGGGAAGCUGCAGGGAGAGACCAACGAGGCCAGGUCCCAGCUGAAGGAGAGGGAAGCAGAGGAGAGAGGCUGCCUGCCAUCCAGCCUAACGUGUUGUGGAAACAGACUGUGUGAGACACAGACCUUCACUCCUCUGAAGACCCUGACAGAGAAACCUAAUGUUUUCCUCAUGCCCCAGUUGUAUAACCCAUCCCUCUACGUAAUGGGUCUGUUGUCCCAGGUGAUGAUGGAAAAGGACGCUCUGAUCCAGGAGGCUGCUGCGGAGAAUAACAGUCURAAGGAGGAGCURCGCUCYCUAUUGGUCCAGAGGGAYGACCUCCACGCAGAGAAGGCCAAGCUAUCUGCCCAGCUUCAYRGCUACAGGGACGACCUUACCCAGGUCCUCACCAUGAAGGAGUCCCAGCACAAGCAGCUCUUGUCCGGCCAGCUGGAGCGCAUCGCUACCCUGGAGAAGGAGAGAGAAGAGCUAGGGACUAAGAUCAAGAGCCUGGAGGGAGGGGAGGCUUUCGUUCAGGCGGUGGAGAGGGAGGCCCUCAGCCAGGCUGGUGAUAGUGGAAACAGGCAGGGGAGAGACGCUCCCGGGGCGGAGGUAGAGAAGCUGAGGGAGCAGCUGCAGGCUGCCAGGGCCCAGGUGGAGAGCAUGGAGGAGAGCCUUGCCAAGGAAGGAGAGGUGCAGGAGGCUCGGCAGAAGGAGCUGAAAGAACUGCGUUGGGAGGGAGGGGUGACGCGCAUGGAAUCGGAGACAGCGGCCGAGAGGGUGGCCGAGCUGGCCCGAGACCUGCUGACCAUGGAGCAGAGGCUGCUGGAGGAGAGGGAGGUGGCCGGCCAGCUCCGGGCCCAGAACCAGGCGUUCGGCCAGGCCAUGGCUUCACUGCAGGGCAGCAGGGACCAGGCACUCAGCCAGGCCCAGGAGCUCAGCCUCAGACUGGAGGAGAUGAGCAGGGCAGGGGGCCAGCAGACACCCACCACGGGGCAUGGAGGAUCCACUGCGGAGGUGUGGGGACUGAAGAACGCCCUGUCAGCCCUGCAGAACGACAGGGAGAGACUGUUGGAACAGCUGCAGCGGCAGCACUCAGAGCUCACUCGACUGGGAGGAGGAGAGCUGUCUAGACUCAGCCAGGAGCUAGAGGAGGAGAGGAGGAGGGCUGAGGAGAUGGUGGACAGGAUGAGGGAGCUGGACAACCUGAGGCAGAGGGAGAUCCAGGAACUAGAAAUUCUCAGGCUGGAGCAGGUUGACUGGCAGGCCCAGGCAGAGCUCCUGAAGCAGCAGACCCUGGCCACCCUCUCGGACCGUGACCAGCAGGUGCGCCAGCUCGGUGCCAUGUUGGAGGAGGCCCGCGUCACCAGGCCCAAACCACUGGAGGAACAGCACCAGAGACAGGCACCUCUUGAGGCAGACCUGUCAUCUAAAGUAGGGGUCCUUCAAUCAGAGAGUGGCCCGCUGAAUGAUCUUCAGCUGCGAGAGCAGCRGAUUACACAGCUCAGUAACAAGUCUGCUGAGCCCGUUGCUGUCCCUCCCUCCCCUCAGCUCUCACAGGUGUUUGAGGAGAACCGCCAUCUCUCCUCCCAGUUCCAAGGCAGUUCCCAGAGGCUGGAUGAGGCCGAGAGCCGCUGCACUGCCCUCCAGAGGCAGCUCCAGGAACUGCACGAAGACAAGCGCAAGAGGACAGGGGAAGUGGACAGUGCCCCYGGAGCUCCUCAGCAGCACAGUGGCCCUUCAGAGAGCGAGAGCCUCAGGGUGGAUUUUAAAGAGCUCCAGCGCAGACUGGAUGAAGAGCAGCAGUAUAGGGUGGUUGUGGAGGAGCAGCUAAUGGCCGCCCAGGACCGCCUCAAACUGAUCAACCAGGGUGAAUGGCAGUCGGCCCAUGAAGGGCAGUUCUCUGCUUCUGAGACAGCUGUCCUCAUUGAGCCACCAGGAGGCUCUGCAACCCGAAUUCGGAGCAGCAGUGGGCCAGGCCUGAUGAGAAUGCUGCGCGUGGCCUUCUGCUCUCGCCAGCGCACACCCCUGCUGGUGUCCCUCUACCUGCUCACCGUGCACGUGCUGCUACUGCUCUGCCUGGGGGGUUACGUUUAGGGCGCCCUCCACCCCUUAGAGAGUGAGAGAGGAGAGAGAUGGAGAGAUAACGGACAUGUGACACAGACCCACCCACCCCCUCUCCAAGACAGAUAUCAUAUUACUGUUACAUUCAAUAGUGUAGAAUCGGAGAAGACUCGUCACACACACACACACACAGACCAUGCACUUUUGAUACAACAACAAAAAUAACGAUAAUGUGUCUUAGCCUAUUAACCAAAGUGAAUAGUUUUUUUAUAUACUGGGAGUCAAAAACACCCUCUGCCAUCAUUGAUUUGAUUCAAUAUUUAAUAUGUUACCGUUAGCGUACAUGAUCAGUCAAAUGUUAUUGUAGAGGAAAUGAGAAGCAGUAUUGCACUACCUCAGAACUGUUGUUUAUUGGACUUCUAUAAAGGGACGUGGAUAUUAUGCAUCUUUAAAUGUACCUGGGGGAACUAACAUGAAAUGACACUGUACAGUAGAUUUACACGGUGUUUAGUUUUUUCAGCCAGUUUAUGUUAGUGGUGGUUUAGGUGCCUUUAAAUGAGGAGAAUAAAGGGUCACUUCAUGUCUGGAUGGAGUGAGGGUUAGGAUCUGUGGAUCUGUUCCUAUCUCUCUUACUCUCCUAUGUUCUCACGUACAAUGGACACCAACUGAAACGUGUACAACCUGCUAUGACUACAUUCCUACAACCAUCUAUUUAUUUUCUUUUUCCUCUCAUUGUUUUCUCUUUAAUUAAGAGAGAGCACCAUCAUUGGCAUAUUUGACUCCUGUAGUAUUUGUAUGUCGUAUGUACAGUAUGUAUGUACUGGAUGUGGGUUAUCCAAUCAAUUCCCCAAUUUCUGCCAUUGGUGCACAGAUGAGGGUUUUAUUCUAUUGAUUUUAUGGCAGAUUCAUUUGACAUUCUGGUGGAAUGUUGUUCAUUCCAGAUGAAAUCGUGUUGGUGUUUUUUCUGUGACACUACAAAUAAUGUCCAUCCAAUCUAAGAUUCCUAUAAUUUAGCAUUAUUUAUUGCUUACGCAUUUAAACCGCAUAAUCUACUACAAUGUAUGGUGAACACAAUACUGCUGGGAAAAAUGACUACUCAAAAACUUAUUCUUGGUGUCUGUUGUCCCACUACACAUCUUGUGACUCACUUGUCCUCUGUUAACUUCUAUUGUUAAUGACCUUGUACUGUGCUGUAUAGAUUGAAUUGUCAUGAUGAUUGAUGAUGAUGAUGAUGAUACGUGUUUUUCAGCACAGCCUACUGAGGGGUAUAGGGCUAGAUGUGUACCAGUUAUUUUCAAAGGGGACUAGUUAGAACAUAACAGGUGAAAAAAUAAGACAAAUAUUGGGAAUGACACGUGAUUUAUAACCUGAUGAAAAUAACUGGUGCAAAGUAAAUCUAGUCCUUUAAGUGUCAAAUCUCUGUAUGAUCAGUGUUGGUUACUCUUGGGCUAUUUUUUAACUGAAAUAUAUUGGGAAAACAAAU